GCUCUGCUUCCACCCUGUUGUUCCCUUCGCUUCAGCUGCACUGAGAUGGCAUCUUCCUCGCUCCGUCCUCUGUGGGGCUGCGGUCUGUGAGGCGGUGGGGCCGCAGGGGACUCGGGCCGGGAACGGACAUGGACUUGGUGACCUUUGAGGAUGUUAAUGUGGAGUUCACCACGGAGGAGUGGGCUUUCCUGGAUCCCACCCAGAAGAAAAUCUACACAGAUGUGAUGCUGGAAGCCUUCUGGAACCUGGCAUCAGUAGCAUGUAUUUUAGAAGAACAAUGUGACGACCAUGACAGUGAAGAUCAGUAUGAAAAUCACCGGAGGAAUCUUAGCAGUCAUAUGGUAGAGAGACUCUGUACAAGAAAGGAUGGUAGUCAAUGCAGAGAAAACUUCAGCCAGACUCCAAAUCAUAAUGAAAACAAGGUAACUCCUACUGAAGUAAAACAACCUAAAUGCAGGUUGUGUAGGCAACUAUUCAUACAUUAUUUAUCCUUGAAUAACUACCUAAGCUCUCACAAUGGAGCCAAACUAUACCUGUGUCAAGAAUAUGAAGAAAGCCCUUAUAAAUGUAAAGAACCUGAGGAAGCUUUUAGGCAUCACCAACAUAUUCAAAUCCAUGAAGGCAGCCCUAGUGGGAAAACUCUCAAAUAUUCAACUUCCCUUAGAAAUCAUGAAAGAAUGCAUAUUGCGGGGAAACCAUAUGAAUGUGAGCAAUAUGGGAAAGACUUUAGUCGUCUCAUUUACUUUAAACUUUGCAAAAACACUCAUAGUGGAAAGAAACCAUAUCAAAGUAAUCAACAUGGCAAAACUUCCCAUUCUCCCAAGUACUCUGGAGAAAAUGAAAGAACACACACUGCGGAAAAGACCUAUCAAUGUAAGGAAUCUGGAAAAACUUUCAGUUCCACUUCUCUUAGUAAUCAAGAAAGAACACACACUGCUGAGAAACCUUAUGAAUGUGGGAAUGUCUUCAGUUCGCUCAGCUCUCUUGGAAAACAUAAAAGAAGUCAUGUGGGAAAGAAGCCUCAUGAAUGUAAGGAAUGUGGUAAAACAUUCCAUUAUCCCUAUUCCCUUAGAAAUCAUAAAAAAACUCAUACUGGGGUAAAAAGUUAUGAAUGUAAGCAUUGUGGUAAAGGCUUCUAUUAUCAAUCUUCUCUCCAAAGUCAUGAAAGAACUCAUACUGGGGUAAAACCCUAUGAAUGUAAGCAAUGUGGGAAAGCCUUCAGUUCCAGCAGCUCUCUUGCAAAUCAUAAAAUAAGUCAUGAUGAAAAGAAGCCUCAUGAGUGUAAGGAAUGUGGUAAAACUUACCUUUAUCACUGUUACCUUAAAAUUCAUGAAAAAACUCAUAGUGGGGAAAAAACCUAUGAAUGUAAGCAAUGUGGUAAAGAUUUCUUUUAUCGAACUUCCCUAUAUCGUCAUGUAAAAACUCAUACUGGUGUAAAACCUUAUGGAUGUAAGCAAUGUGGGAAAGCUUUCUUUUAUACACGUUCCCUCCAAAGUCAUGAAAGAACUCAUAAUAAGGGAAAACCCUAUGAAUGUAAGCAAUGUGGUAAGACUUUUAGUUGUUCCAAAUCUCUUAGCAAUCAUGAAAGAACACAUAUUGUGGAGAAACUGUAUGAGUGUAAGCAAUGUGGGAAAGCUUUCAAAUAUUCCAUAUCUCUUAGAAAUCAUGAAAAAAUUCAUACUGUGCGGAAACCUUAUGAAUGUAAGCAAUGUGGUAAGACUUUUCGUCUUUCCAAGUCUCUUAGAAAUCAUGAAAGAAUGCAUAUUGUGGGGAAACCAUACGGAUGUAAGCAAUGUGGGAAAGCUUUCAGACAUUUCACUUUUCUUAGAAAUCAUGAAAGGAUGCAUACUGGGGAGAAACCCUAUGAGUGUAAGCAAUGUGGGAAAGCUUUCAGAUAUUCCAUAUCUCUUAGAAAUCAUGAAAAAAAUAGUAAUCAUAUUGUGGAGAAACCUUAUGAAUGUAAGCAAUGUGGUAAGACUUUUAGUUUUUCCAGAUCUCUUAGAAAUCAUGAAAGAAUUCAUAUUAUGGGAAAACCGUAUGAAUGUAAGCAAUGUGGGAAAGCUUACAGAUAUUCUACAUAUCUUAAAAACCACGAAAGAAUGCAUAUUGGGGAAAAAUCCUAUGAAUAUAAGCAAUGUCAGAAAGCCUUUGGUUCUCCCAGUUCUCUUGCAACACAUAAAAGAAAUCAUGAAGUAAAGAAGCCUCAUGAAUGUAAGGAAUGUGGUAAAGAUUUCUUUCAUCGUACUUCCCUAGUUCGUCAUGAAAGAACUCAUACUGGGGUAAAACCCUAUGAAUGUAAGCAAUGUGGCAAAGCUUUCUUUUAUACAAAUUCCCUCCAAAGUCAUGAAAGAACUCAUAAUAAGGAAAAACCCUAUGAAUGUAAGCAAUGUGGUAAGACUUUUAGUUUUCCCAAAUCUCUUAAAAAUCAUGAAAAAAUGCAUAUUGUGGGGAAACAAUAUGAAUGUAAGCAAUGUGGGAAAGCUUUCAGCUAUUCUAUAUAUCUUAGAAAUCAUGAAAGAAUGCAUACUGGGGAAAAACCCUAUAAAUGUAACCAUUGUGGUAAAGCUUUCUCUUAUCCAAAUUCCCUCCAAUAUCACGAAAGAACUCAUAAUAAGGAAAAGCCCUAUAAAUGUAAGCAAUGUGGGAAAGCUUUCAGAGAUUCCACUUUUCUUAGAAAUCAUGAAAGGAUGCAUACUGGGGAGAAACCCUAUGAAUGUAAGCAAUGUGGGAAAACCUUCUGUUAUAACAGCUCUCUUGUAACACACAAAGGAUGUCAUGAAAAAAAGAAGCUUCAUGAAUGUAAGGAAUGUGGUAAAACUUUCGUUUACCCCUGUUUCCUUAGAGUUCAUGAAAGAAUGCAUACUGGGGAAAGACCCUAUGAAUGUAAGCAUUGUGGUAAAGAUUUCUCUCAUCUAAGUUCUCUUCGUCGUCAUGAAAGAACUCAUCUGGGAUAAAAUGCUAAUGAAUAUAAGCAUUGUGAUAACCUUAUCUAUUAUCUGUUUUCUCUCUAACAUCAUGAAAGAACUCUUACUGGGGAAAAACCCUAUGAAAAUAAGCAAUGUGGGGAAGCUUUCUCUUAUACACAUUCCCUCGAAAGUCAUGAAAGAACUCAUAAGGAAAAACCCUAUGAACGUAAGCAAUGUGGAUAAAACCUUCAGUUUGCUCACAAAUUUUCAAAGACAUGAAAAUCUUCUGUUGCACCUCACAUCUUCAAAGAUAUAAAAGAACUAGCCUUUAUUCAUGAAAGAAGCCUCAUGAAUAAGUAAUGAGGUAAACCUUUUUGUUAUCCCUUUUCUCUUAGAUAUCCUGAAAUGUAUACUGAGGAGAAACCCUAUGAAUGCAAGCAAUGUGAGAAAGCCUAUAAUCUUCCCAGAUCCUUUCAAUUCACAAAAACUCUCAUAGUGGAGAGAAACCAUAGAAAUGCAAGGAAUGUGUUAAACCUUCAGCUUCUAAAGUAUUUUUAAUAGAUGUGUGAAAACAAAUCCUAUUGAUAAACUGUUAAUGUGGAGAAUAGGGGAGUGCCUUCAUUUAUCUCUCAGCUGUGCCAUCAUUUUGAUUAUCCAUAUUGGGGAUGGACCCUAAAAUAUUAAGAGUGUUAGAAAUCAUUCAUUUCUUCUAGUUUAUUGUAAAGGAUGAAAGAACUCACUGAAGAGAAGCCCUGUCAUGUAAAGAUGGUAGAAGAGCCUUUGGCCAUCCUGGUUCUUUACAAAAUCAUGAAAGGACUCACACCCAACAAUAAGUGUAUGAAUAUAUAGAAUGUAGGAGAGCCUUUCUUGAACAUGUGGAAAUGCACCUGGAGAAAUAGUGUAUAUAUAUUAGAGAAGUUGGGGAAGCCUUUGACUGUACCUCUUCCUUGAAAAGGUCAUGGAGAAAUCCAAAGUGAAGAAUUGUAUUGAAUGUAAAAAUGUAUGAAACUUUCCUGUUGCCUCAUAUCCCUACAAAUGUAUGAAACCUUCCUGUUGCCUCAUAUCCCUACAAUACCAUGUGAUAAUGUACAUUGUAUAAUUCACAACUAAAACAAACUUAAAAUUUUUAACAUACUUUCAAAGGAGCUUGAAAACUGCACUGAAAGGAAAUCCUAUUAGUGUAACUAACUGGUACAUGUAAGCCUGUUGCAAAUUAACUAAUGUACUCCCCAAAACUGACAGCGUUAAAGGAGUUCUAUAAAUUUUUUGACAUAUUUGUUCAUUAUCAAUACUCAUUCUUUUUUGUUUUUUAAAAUUGUUUUUUUUUAUUUUUUUUUUUUUUUUUUUGGAAUGAGGAAGGAAGAAAGAGGAGUAGAGAGAAACAUCCAUGUGAGAGGGGAAAUAGAUGGGUUGUCUUCCCAUGUGCCUGACCAGGGAUCAACCCAGCUACCCAGUACUGUGCCCUGUCAGGUAUUGAAUGAAUAGGCCCUACCUACACCUAUAUGUAUUUUUUUUUAAUUUUUCAAUUGCACUUGACAAUCACUUUUAUUGUAGUUUAUAAGUAUUUGCCAUAUAUUUGUACUUUCUAGAGGCCCAUGCGAAUUAUUUUCACGUUUGAUUUUUGUGUUUCCUUUGGCUGGGAAUUGUGCUAUGAAGUUUACAUUAAGAAGAGAAUAUUUUAGUUUGUUUUUCUCAAUCUUUGCCCUGACAGCCAAGAAAAUCCUCAAAACCGUCAGCCACUGCUUUACUUCUACUGAUGGUUGGGUGUAAGCUUUACAUUUGUUCACAAUUUUCUCAUUUCAGGCAGACUCUGCAUCAUUGCUGUCACUCAGAUUUGAGACUUUCAAUGUUUUCAGUUACCUUGUAAAGGUGAUUAAAAUUAUGUGCAUUUUAAGUGUAUGUGAUUAAAGUAUAUGUGAUUAAAAUUCCGUGUAUGUGAAUGUGAGUGUGAUUAAAAUUAUGUGCAUUUUCCCAUAAUAAACACUUCUAUACGUUUUAAGAAAGUA